ACUUUGAAGGUGAGAAAAUUGUUUCUUGUACUUAAAUUGUUGUUAGCUGCCUUUGUGCAAUUAUUACAAAUUAAACACACACAUUUCUUUUUUUUUCUGUUUUAAUUACUCUCCACUAGAGUAGAGGAAAGUUCAGCUAAAGAGAAAUGACAAGACGACCUAAACUGAUUGUUUUUGAUUUAGACUAUACUCUGUGGCCAUUUUGGGUUGAUACACACGUUGAUCCACCUUUCAGGAAAUUGAGUAAUGGAAGUGUGUGUGAUAGUUCUGGACGUAAGAUUGAGGGCUACCCGGCUGUCCAAGAAAUAUUAGAAAGUCUAGUCAAUGAAGGUAUACCUUUAGCAGUUGCUUCACGGACUUGGUGGCCAGAAGGUGCAAGACAGUUGCUUAAUCUGUUAGAAUGGGAAAAAUAUUUCACAUACCAAGAAAUUUAUCCAGGGUCUAAACUAACACACUUCAAAAAGUUCGCAGAAAUGUGUGGCAUUUCUUAUUCACAGAUGCUUUUUUUUGAUGAUGAGCAGAGAAAUAUACAUGAAAUAAGUAAGCUAGGAGUUACGUGUGUUUUUCUGCCCAAUGGAUUGACCUGUAACGCUUUAGAAGAAGGGUUUCAACAGUUUGAAAGAAAGAAUUUGUGAUAUGUCUGUUUUGUCUAGGUACCUUUUUGACGUUAGUGCCUCUUGUGCUCUCUGUAGCAAGGAAGUACUGUAGUUUAAAUCCAAUGUUCUUUAGCCAAAUACGAGUUUUUUAGUGAUUUUAUUACGACACGGUCAGUGUAAAAAACGUUUAAAUUUACUUUCUCGUACACACUGUCUUAGAAUUCAUCCUCCACUAUCUCUGCUUUGAAAACUGACAUUAGGUGAGCAGUUUUUUUUUAAGAAUAUCAAGUAUUACUUUACAUUUUAAAUUUUGGUCAAGUUUCUGAAGUCGUAACUGCAAUAACAAAUUUAUCAUCACCUUCACUGAAAGGUAUGAUAGGAAGUCGUUUUAGCAAUGCAAAAAUGUAGGCAAGUACGAAGUGGUGAUGAUGUGAGUCCCAAGUUUCAUUAGCCAUAUAUAUAAAGUGGAGUCUCCGUCCUAUCAAUAUUUAUUAUCAUCUUAGAAAAUUUAUUUAUUUCACUAAGUAUAUUUUGUAGAAAAGCUGUUUUUCGAAGAAAAAAAACAAUUGCAAUAAAAUGUGUUAGAAUAACAAUUUCAAUUUGAUGACCGAAUGAAAAUACAAUCACAAGCCAUUUCAUUUUCAAGUGUGGUUUUUCCCCACUUCUCUGUCGUCGGUGCAGUUAGUGAUGUUGUGGACUUUUCUUUUAGAAGUUUGAAGUGUGACAUGGGAAGGACAAAAAAGUUAGGGAAACACUGCCUUAAAGACACCGAGUUUCAUAUCUGAUGUUUUAAUGUUUUUUUCUUAUACAAAGUGCAGUCAGUGUAUCCUGAAAUAUUUCAUAAAUGUUCCUAAAAACACAAUGGCUUCUAAGGCUUACUCGCUUAACUACAGAGCUGGGGUGGCCACGAACCUGAAAACAUCGGAGAAUUUUAAAAAUGAAUAAAAGUUGUCUUCCCAUUUUUUUUUUAUCUUGGAACCUGCAUGCAUACACAAACUAUGUUGUGUAUUGGCGUACUUUGACAUAUUCUUGGUGUUAGUCACUCUGUGUUAUUUUAUUUGUAUUGUUUAGUAAUAUGUUGUAAAUAAAAGUGUCAAAUUUGAUUGCCUA